AUCAUCUACUUACACUCCUUCAUUCUUCCAAGUUCCAUCCCUAGCUACGGUACCUACCUGCAGAGUAAUUAAAGAAGAGAGAUGGGAUCAUCAGGAACAGGAAAGUUUGUUCUGUCUCAGGGUCAGCUAACAACAAAAUGGCUGUUUGCUCAAGUAAGGGUUUCUGAUGUAGCCGUGGCACUUUUGGGUUUAUUCAUCUUCACGGCUUUGGCUCGGAGACUCACCAACAAGGGUCCAAUGUUAUGGCCAGUUCUGGGCAUUAUUCCCACCUUGUUCUUCCACAUCAACCAACUCUAUGACUGGGGUACCCAAACUCUGAUCAAAUGUGGUGGCACGUUUCACUUCAGAGGAAUGUGGAUGGGCGGUGCGCAUGGGAUCGUGACCGUUAAUCCUUCUAACAUCGAGUACAUGCUCAAGACAAGGUUUAGGAACUUCCCUAAAGGGAAGUACUACCGCGAGAGGUUCUCUGAUUUGCUCGGUGACGGCAUCUUUAACGCCGACGAUGAACUUUGGAAGGAGCAAAGACGGGCCGCGACGUCGGAGAUGCACUCGAGCCGCUUCGUCCAGUACUCUCUCCGAACCAUACAGGACUUGGUGCACCAAAAGCUAUUGAAAUUGUUAAACAAGCUUGCGGUAUCCGGCGACAGAGUGGAUGUCCAGGACGUGUUUCUCCGAUUCACAUUCGACAAUAUCUGCACCGCCGCAUUCGGGGUCGACCCGGAUUGCUUGGCCAUCGACCUUCCCGAGGUCCCUUUUGCAAAAGCUUUCGAGCUUGCCACCGAGUCCACUCUGUUCAGGUUUAUAGUCCCUCCUUUCGUAUGGAAGUUCAUGAAGCUGUUGGGAAUAGGCUCGGAGAAGAAACUCAAGGAGGCCGUUCAAAUAGUUCACAAGUUCGGGGAGAAGACGGUGACCGGUCGGAGGGUAGAACUCAGCAAGCUCGGCAGCUUAAACGAUCGUUCUGAUCUAUUGUCCAGACUCAUCGAAGUCGAAGAUCCUGAACAAAAGGGCAAGAAGAAAUUCUCGGACAAGUUUCUUGAGGAUUUCUGCAUAAGUUUUAUCCUAGCAGGGCGAGAUACAAGCUCAGUGGCACUGACGUGGUUCUUCUGGCUGUUGCACAAACACCCACGAGUCGAAGAACGCAUCAUCGACGAGAUAAAAGAGAUCGUCGGGCAAAGGAAGUCCAAGAAGGAGAAAGACGAGGACGUAAUUUUCUCCAUCGACGAGCUAAAAAAGAUGGUGUAUCUUCAAGCAGCGCUAUCGGAAUCGCUCAGGCUGUACCCGUCGGUGCCGAUGGACUUCAAGGAGGUUCAAGAAGACGACGUUUUUCCGGAUGGAGCCUUUGUGAAGAAGGGUGCUCGGGUGUUCUACCUCAUCUACUCGAUGGGUCGAAUGGAGGACAUAUGGGGGAAGGACUGCAAGGAGUUUAAGCCGGAAAGGUGGAUGAAAAACGGGGAGCUGGUGAGCGAGAACCAGUUCAAGUAUGCGGUGUUUAAUGCCGGACCCCGACUGUGUGUGGGAAAGAAGUUUGCUUACAUGCAGAUGAAAAUGGUGGCAGCUUCAAUCCUGCUCAGGUUCUCGGUUAAGGUGGUUGAAGGCCAGACAAUUGUUCCAAAAUUAACCACCACGCUUUACAUGAAGAAUGGGUUGUUGGUUACUUUCGAGCCUAGGCUUCUUCAUCUUCUUCCAUAGAUCCAUAACCUUUAUUAUUU